AUGGGCGAUGAAGAAGUUGGCCCUGCUAUCGAAAUCGAUCUUGGCACGACCUACUCGUGCGUGGCUGUGUGGGAAAAUGACCGUGUGAAGAUCAUAGCCAACGACCAAGGGAACAGGACGACGCCAUCUUAUGUGGCUUUCACUGAUGAGGAGCGUUUGGUCGGUGAUGUGGCCAUGAACCAGGUCGCCAUGAAUCCCAGCAACACUAUCUACGAUGUUAAGCGUCUGAUUGGUAAGAGAUUCAGUGAUGCCUCUGUUCAGAGUGACAUGAAGCUUUGGCCAUUCAAGGUCAUUUCUGAUUCUGAUGAUAGACCCAAGAUUGUGGUCAACUACAAAGGCAGGAAGGAGCAGUUUACAGCUGAGGAAAUAUCGUCCAUGGUCCUUAGUAAGAUGCGUGAGACUGCUGAGGCCUAUCUUGGUACGACAGUCAAGAAUGCGGUUGUGACCGUUCCAGCUUACUUUAAUGACUCUCAGCGCCAGGCAACUAAGGAUGCUGGGGUCAUUGCUGGUCUCAAUGUGAUGCGUAUCAUCAGUGAGCCCACUGCUGCAGCCAUUGCUUAUGGUCUUGACAAGAAGAAGGCCAGUGUUGGCAAGAAUGUUUUGAUUUUUGAUCUUGGUGGCGGGACUCUUGAUGUCUCACUUCUUACAAUUGAAAAUGGUAAAUUUGAAGUGAAGGCCACAGCUGGUGACGCUCAUCUUGGAGGGGAGGACUUUGUUAACAUAAUGGUGAACUCUCUUGUUAAGGAGUUUGAGAGGAAGAACGAGAUGGAUAUUAGUGGGAACCCCAGAGCCCUUAGCAGGUUGAGGGCUGCUUGUGAGGGGGCAAAGAAGACACUAUCAUCCGCUAAAAAGGCCACCAUUUACAUUGACUCACUGUAUAAGGGUGUUGACUUUCAUUCAAAAAUUACUCGUGCUUGUUUUGAGGAGCUAAAUAUGGAACUCUUUAGAAAGUGUAUGAAGCCUGUUAAAAAGUGUUUGAGGGAUGCUGAGAUGGACAAGAGAGCUGUCGAUGAUGUUGUCCUUGUUGGAGGUUCUACUCGGAUUCCCAAGGUGCAGCAGCUGUUGCAGGACUUCUUCGAAGGAAAGAAGCUUUGCAAGAGCAUCGACGACCUAGAUGAAGUUGUUGCCUAUGGCGCUGCCAUUCAGGCUGCUAUCUUGACUGAUGAGCGUAACAAGAAGCUUCAGGAUCUGGUGUUAUUGGAUGUCACUCCUCGGUCACUUAGGAUGCAGACUACCAACGAUGAGACGACUGUUUUGAUUCCAAGAAAUACCACCAUCCCCACUAUGGAGGUGGAGUGGGUGUUCACCUAUUCUGACAACCAUUCUAGCAUCUUCAUCCCGGUUUAUGAGGGUGAGAGAACAAGUACCAGGGACAACAACUUGCUAGGCAAGUUUGAGCUUUCUGGCAUUCCUCCAACUCUCAAGGGUGAAGUUCACAUCACUGUCUGCUUUAAAAUUGAUGCCGAUGGUAUCUUAAAUGUUGUCUCUGCUAAGGUCAAGAGCAAUGGCCAGAAGAAAAAUAUCCCAAUCACCAUCGACAGGGGAAGACUCUCUGGGAAAGAAAUUAUGAUGAUGGUUCAGGAGGCGGAGAAGUACAAGGCUAAGGAUGAGCACAAGAAGAAGAUUAUGGCCAAGAAUGCUUUGAAGAACCAUGCAUUUAUGAUUCAGAAUACUAAACAAUUGGAGUUGGUAAGGGAGGAGAUCCGUGUUUCCUCAUUGUUCAGUCAUCCCAAUCUGUUUCCACUUCUUGGUCAUGCUAUCAUUUCUGUUAAGGAAAAUUUUAGAAGGGAAAGAAGAAGAGGUGGUGGAGGAACUUUUUGUGAUAGUGUGGAUGUUGUGCAAUUAAAGAAAUUAAUGGCUUUUCAAAUAACAGUACAAAUUGUCUGGUGUGAUGGCCAAAGAGGCUAUAUGUUUUGCUGCAAGGGAUGUCCUUCAAGAUAAACUUUGAUGGAGCAAUGUUUAAAGAACGAAGCACAUUUGGAGUAGGAGUCUUUAUACGAGAUGAUAAUUGGUAGCUCAUUGCCACAUUGAGUUACAAAGGGAGAGCAAUUAUGGAUCUGGAGGAGGCAGAACUAGCAGCAGUUGGCCAAGCUAUUAAUUUUGCAAUUGGAAUAGGUGCAAGAGAUAUCAUCUUAGAGGGCGAUUUAGCAAGUU